GAAGCAGACGGAUGGCGGUUCCGCUGCGCGGCGGCGCGGAGUCCCCGGAGCCGCCCCGCGCAGCAUGAGCCCGCCCUGAGAUGGCGGCGCCGUGCCGGACGCGGACGCUGCAGGUGGUGGACACGGAGUUCAGCGCUGACGCGGUGGAGUGGUGCCCGGUGGAGGGCUGGCACAGCAUCCUGGCCUGCGGCACCUACCACCUCCGCCCGCCCGCCGCGACUGACUCCAGGGGAAGCAAUGGAGCCUGUGACCGGACUGGGCGCCUCUACCUGUAUCACUACAAUGAGGAGCAGCCUUACAUCCCGCUGACCGAAAUCCAGAGGAUUGACACUGCUGCCAUCCUGGACAUCAAAUGGUGCCAUGUUCCCGUUGCAGAACAUCCCAUGGUUGGCAUUGCAAACUCAACAGGUGCCGUGGAAUUUUGCCACCUGACUGGAAGCGAGAAGAACAGCUGCAUGUUGGAGCCGUGCUUCAGGGUCGAUCUUGGGGCGCAGCGCCUGGCCUUGUCUUUAGACUGGUCCACAGGGCGAGAGCAAUGUGGAUGUCCUUUGAGAGUGAUCAGCAGUGAUUCGGAGGGGAAGCUGAACCUUUUCUCCAUAGAUGAAUCUGCUCCUUCUGUGCAUGUCCUGAACCAGUGGGAAGCUCACAAAUUUGAGGCCUGGAUUGCUGCUUUUAAUUACUGGGACACCGAUAUUGUGUAUUCAGGAGGAGAUGACAGCCUGCUGAAGGGCUGGGACACCCGGCGCAGUCCCGAGACUCCUGUCUUCACCAGCAGGAGGCAUUCAAUGGGUGUGUGUAGCAUUCAGUGCAGCCCCCACCGAGAGAAUCUUCUGGCUACUGGCAGCUUUGCUGCUUGUCUGCGUAUUUAUUUGUGCUGUGUCUUCAGCUAUGAUGAGCACGUGCUGUUGUGGGACACCAGGAACAUGAAGCAGCCGCUGGCAGACACCCACGUUGAAGGUGGAGUUUGGAGGUUGAAGUGGCACCCAACCUGCGAUUUUGUGCUGUUAGCAGCCUGCAUGCAGAGUGGAUUCAAAAUCCUCGACUGCCGCGGCAGCAUGGCGGAAAACAUGGAGGAAUGUAUCAUCCUGUCGUCCUAUGUCUUGCACAAUUCCUUGGCCUACGGGGCUGACUGGUCAAGGCUGUGUCUGAGGGAUUCCUUGACUGCAACACAGGACUCUGCUGCUGCGUGCCGGUCUUUGGAGGAGCCUGUGGGAAGACCAGAGGAAGACGAGAGACUGAGUUUGCAGGUCCAAAACCUGAAGAUAAUUUAUGAGUCUCCUACAGCUACUUUUGACGUCAUACUGGAUGAGGAGAGCGAAGGCCCUGCCAUGCUGCUCAAAGCAGAGGAGGGUUCCAAGCUGUCAGGGGAUCCUGACCUGGGUAGGGGCCCUGAUUUGAAGGGAAGUUUAGAUCUGGCUGGGGGUCCAGAGCCAGGGGGAGAUCCCGGGUCAGCCAGCGGCUCUGGCUCAGGAGCUAAGAGACCCAACGGAACGGGCCUGGACAGAAGCAGCGAUUCAGCCAGGUCUCUAGACAGCCCGAAAGAAAUAAGCAUUGUAGCAACUUGUUCUUUCUAUGACAAUAUCCUCCAUGUCUGGAAAUGGGAGAUGAGCCUGGUGACCCCUUUGGAGACGCCAAGUACUGGAUCUCCAUCGGAAAGAACAGCCGAAAGUUUGCAUUGACCAGUCCCAAGGGAGAGGGGUGGGAAAACUGUACUGAGAGCAACACCUGAGCUUGUGCUCUAAUUUCUGUUGGGCUUUUCCAGUUUUAUUGUCAAGCUUGUGAGUCUUUUAGGGCUGAUACUGAUGGAAUUACUGGUGUUUUAUUUUCAGCACUGAGGAAAGCCUUUGCUUUGAGGAGUGUGGUCAAGCACAGACACAUUUAUUUAGUUUUCCCUUAACAUACUUGUUCAAAGUAGGCCAGCCUUCCUCACAAAGGCUGCUUGUUUGUACCUUAGAUUUGAGCCCCUUCAAGGCUGGUUUGCGUUUGUUCUGCUGAUCUGUUAAGCCCGUUGUCCUCCUUCCAUCAGAAACCAAACUUGUCUGGGCUGCUGCGUGUAGACAAACGUGGUGUGUGAUCAGACGUUUCCCCGAAUGUCUCAGAAGAGCCCAGGAGUAGAGGCUUAGCUGUGUGCAUAGCUGGCUGUGUGACCUGUGAACGAGCAUGUACUUUGAGAAGACACUCAAAUGCUGACAGUGCAAUGUGCUCAUAGUGAUCCUGAGUAGAGAGAAAUUCUUUUUUAGACAGAAAUCCAAACUGACUGGUACAACAGGCAGCAGUGCAGUGACAGGAAGCUUUGUUCUGAGCAGGGCCUUUCUUGAAAGGGUGCUGGUGUAUCUGCACAGCCUAAUUUUACGUCAGACUCCUCACCUGGUUGCAAUCUCACUUUAUCACUCUCCAAGCGAAGCACAACCUGGUUUAGCACAAAUCUUGUAGCGAACCCCGCUGUGUUUUAGUGCCACGUUUAACCAACCCCCCGUAGCCUCUUGGUAUUGAACUCACCUUUCUGCUCUCCACAGUGAGACGCACAUUUCGGUCCAAAGUCAAGGUCUUUCAGUUUUUUUAAAGGUGAACAGCUUUAAGAUCAAAACCUCCAAAAAGUAUAAGCAGUGUUUCCUGAUGUCUUUUAAGUUCAAAAUAAGUGAAGAAACCAAAAUGUUAACAACAUUGCCCUAACUACCUCCAGGAAUGGCUGCGGAAUUUCUCAUGGUUGCUCCAUCAGCUUUCUUGCACUGUGAAAUAUCAGCAAAACACCGUUUCUGGAACACUUUAUUAUCUUCCUAGAAACAAAAAACCAGCUUAAACUAGGUAAGUAACUUCUAGCUUGCAUGGUUUCUCUUUGAGGGUCCUAAAGAAUUAGUUGUCAGGAGGGAAAGAAACACCAGCAACAGGUAUCUGUCUGUAACAGUGCUGCAUCUAAACCGCGGUACAGCAAUCAGAACUUCACUGCUUUGAAACUCCUUUUUCAAGGGUGAGUGUGUAUUUUCGAAAUGUUCUUGAGCACUGUUACAUGAAGAUUCAUAUUAGUAUUGUGAACAAGAGCUUUUGUUAAAAAAAAAAAAAAAAAGCCACCCUAUUUUUGGAUGUUUCUAAAAUAAAAUCAAUAUAAGUGA